GAUCCUACGCUAGGUGUCGCUUCUAAAGCUCGGGAACCAGUCUGUCAAUGAGGAAGUUUUCUAAAUUUGUGUCAAGACAGCUCGGUCCUUGACGGUGAAAUUCUACAAAUGUGCCGUUUGUGAUUUUCUGCUGAAUUUGACAGUCUGUAACAACCAUGCCCCAGGAUAGCCUAGAUCACGAAGAGGUGGUAAAAGGACCACCCGAAUGUGGUCCAGAUAUUGAAGAGAAGUUGCAUCAGCUGUCCCUGGCCAGGGAGGACGACCGCGAUGAGAUACAGCUUCAGUCAGACAUAGACAAGACUGCCACAGACUUGGAGAGACUGGUCAUCGGGCCACAAGCACUACACCGAGGAAACAAGGAUGAGGUGGAUGGACUGAUCCCCCGGAUGGUCAGACAUGGAGGUGUUCAACAUCCCCCACCAUACCCCAGUCACCAUCCCUAUCAACGUCUUCCCCAACAACGACCACCUCCCCAACACUCACAGCAACAACCGUGGCAGCAGAGUCCUCUACAGCAGCAGCAGCAGCAGCCUCAGGCCAGACAACAGUACACACCUGUCCCUGGGCCACUAGAAGGUGCUCCGUGCAAUUUUCAAUCAGAUGGUGUAACUGCAACGAGAUUGGUUCAAAGCGUUCACCAACAGAGGUUUGACCCAGGAAGGAAUGCAUCACCUUUUAUGCCUGUCAUGAAUCCCGGAACACAAGGGCCUCGUGAGACGCUCCCCCCACCCUAUCCUGGAGGAGCACCAACUGGAACUCCACCAAGUCGUGGCGCCCCACAGAUGCAUCCGGAACUGUCUGAAACAGGCAACGUGAACCUAGAGGAUGUCCUCACUUUCAUCAAAGAAGACUUGGAAACAGAUGGUGAGGUGGUAGGGCCACCAAUGACCAAUGAUGGCCUCGCAGCACAGUUCCCAAACAUCUUUGAAUUUCUGAAUGGUGUGUCCAGUUCAUUGCAGUAUCCACAUCGUGGUGAUGGACAAUUUAAUCAAUGUGCUGUCAUACAGAACAACAGUUCAGCUUAUCCAUCAGCAGUGCCUCGUCUCCCAGCAAACAGCCAGGCUUACCCACCACAAGUGCCCUAUCACUUAGCAAACAGUCACCAGCCUUUAUUUGAGGACUUAACAUUUCCACAGCCUGGUGUAAGACAUGACUCAGGAAUUGACACUCCUGACUUUGGACAAGGAUCUAGCCAAUCGCCAAACCUGUUCCGAGUCUCUCCACUGGAUCAUGGCGCCGCAGUCACUUCUACAGGUUCUAGCCAACAUCCUUUUCGCCCACCUCCAGACAGGUUCUCGCCUGGCCAGGACAGAUCACCUUGUGGAGAAGCUGCAGUCGUUCGCCCACCUCCAGACAGGUUCUCGCCUGGCCAGGACAGAUCACCUUGUGGAGAAGUUCCAAUCGUUCGACCACCUCCAGACAGGUUCUCGCCUGGCCUGGACAGAUCACCUUGUGGAGAAGUUCCAAUCGUUCGACCACCUCCAGACAGGUUCUCGCCUGGCCUGGACAGAUCACCUUGUGGAGAAGCUCCAGUCGUUCGCCCACCUCCAGACAGGUUCUCGCCUGGCCAGGACAGAUCACCUUGUGGAGAAGUUCCAGUCGUUCGCCAACCUCCAGACAGGUUCUCGCCUGGCCAGGACAGAUCACCUUGUGGAGAAGCUCCAGUCGUUCGCCCACCUCCAGACAGGUUCUCGCCUGGCCAGGACAGAUCACCUUGUGGAGAAGUUCCAAUCGUUCGACCACCUCCAGACAGGUUCUCGCCUGGCCAGGACAGAUCACCUUGUGGAGAAGCUGCAGUCGUUCGCCAACCUCCAGACAGGUUCUCACCUGGCCAAGAUGGAAUGUGUACUAAUCCUGGCAUCCCUGUUGAAGCUCCAGGGGGAUCGCCUUGUUCGAGUACCUCCAGUCAUCUCGGUCUCGGUGGGGAUCGUCCAUCAAGCUCCACAGAGUAUUCUGAUACAGACGAGGAGGAUGAAGCGAUGCGGCAUGAUGAGGACACCGUGGUUCACUACUUUGCGGAUCUGGGUCUUCAACAGGUCAGAGAGAUCUACGGAGACAACAAGCAGUUAGUUGUGAACAAUGUCAACAAUCUCAAUCACCAGCGGCAGACGGCCCUUUACAUUGCUGUGAUGCUGCGGAAAUACGACAUAGUGUACUUCCUGCUGCAGAUCGGGGCUGACCCGAACAUUCAGUGCAUGGAACAUAGGAGUGACAAGAUGCAAGCCCCUAUACACAAAGCCAUCGACCUGGGAGAUACACAGAUGGUGAUUCUUCUGCUUAAUUACGAUGGCCUGGACAUUGAACUGCAGCGGGUCUGUGAUAAGAAGACUCCCCUGAUGUUGGCGCUCCAUGGCCACAUCCAGGGCAAUGAGGACCGAGAUAGAUGUGAAAUUAUUCAUCACCUCUUGAACUGUGGUGCCAGUAUUGAUAAAUUUAAUGAGAGCAGCGACAAGACAAUCCUGAUGAUGGUGAUCGAGACACGUGAUGUGAGCCUUGUACAACACUUCCUGGAAGGCAUUGGUGUAGGGAUGUCACGUGACCUGAUCAACCGAGCAAACAAGGUGGGAAACACGAGUCUGCACAUCGCAGCAGGGAUGAAGAUGCUGGAGAAGGAGGAGCACCUGCAUCUACUGACGAUGCUCAUACACUUUGGUGGAAAUACUGAUGCCCCCAAUCAAGACCUUAAAACACCCAAAGAUUGGAAGCGGAACUUGUUUGAUGAAAUCAAGAGGCAGCACCUGACAUACCGUAGUCACUACUGAAGUCUGGAACUACAGUCUGA